GAAUUUGAGAGAGACUAAUUUGAACGUUAUGUCCCCUUUCCCUUUGCUAACCUGUGUAGCCCAUUCGGCAAUGAAAUCUUAGCUUUUAUGCGAGCAACUUAGUGUACUAGUUUGGUCAGAGUCGCUGCUCAGCUUGGGAUCUGAAAUGAAUCAAGCAGCAAAUGCUUCUUCCAGCACCAGUCCAUCCACCAGAAGACUGCAGUGUGAGCUACAGUUUAAGCCCUGUAGAUACUGGCAGAGCUUGGACUGGCAAUAGUCAUUUUCCUAGCGUCACUGUGCGGUUGCUCUUCAUUAACAAUGAGUGGCGGAGCUCAGAGAGCGGGCGAGUGUUCCCAGUCUAUAAUCCAGCCACGGAAGAACAAGUGUGCGAAGUUGAAGAAGCAGACAAGGCAGACAUAGACAGAGCUGUGCAGGCAGCCCGCCGGGCCUUCUCUCUCGGUUCAGUGUGGAGAAGGAUGGAUGCAUCGGAGAGAGGACGUCUGCUGGACAAGCUGGCAGACUUGGUGGAGCGAGACCGAGUGAUUCUUGCAACGAUGGAGUCCCUAAAUGGAGGCAAACCAUUCCUCCAAGCUUUUCACGUGGAUUUGCAGGGAGUCAUCAAAACCCUUCGGUAUUACGCCGGCUGGGCUGAUAAAAUUCAUGGAAUGACCAUUCCUGUAGAUGGGGACUACUUCACCUUCACAAGACACGAGCCCAUUGGGGUGUGCGGACAGAUCAUCCCGUGGAACUUUCCCUUGCUGAUGUUCGCCUGGAAGAUCGCGCCGGCUCUGUGCUGCGGCAACACGGUGGUGAUUAAGCCGGCGGAGCAGACGCCUCUCAGCGCGCUCUACAUGGGAGCCCUGAUCAAGGAGGCUGGCUUUCCACCUGGAGUGAUCAAUAUUCUGCCAGGAUAUGGGCCGACAGCUGGUGCAGCGAUUGCUUCUCACAUUGGCAUAGACAAGAUUGCAUUCACGGGCUCCACGGAGGUUGGAAAGCUUAUCCAAGAAGCAGCUGGAAGAAGUAAUUUGAAGAGAGUAACUCUGGAACUUGGAGGAAAAAAUCCCAAUAUUAUUUUUGCAGAUGCGGAUUUGGACCAUGCUGUAGAGCAGGCGCACCAGGGCGUGUUCUUCAACCAAGGCCAGUGCUGCACCGCGGGCUCACGCAUCUUCGUGGAGGAGCCGAUCUAUGAGGAAUUCGUGAAGAGGAGCGUGGAGCGGGCCAAGAGGCGCACAGUGGGGAGUCCCUUUGACCCCUCUAUCGAGCAGGGGCCUCAGAUUGAUAAGAAACAGUACAACAAGAUCCUGGAGCUCAUCCAGAGUGGAGUGGCCGAGGGCGCCACGCUGGAAUGUGGAGGCAAAGCACUGGACCAGAUGGGGUUCUUCAUCGAGCCCACUGUGUUUUCCAACGUCACCGAUGACAUGCGGAUUGCCAAGGAGGAGAUCUUUGGUCCCGUUCAGGAAAUUCUGAGGUUUAAGACUAUAGAUGAAGUUAUUGAAAGAGCCAAUAACUCGGACUUUGGACUUGUAGCAGCUGUCUUUACUAAUGAUAUCAACAAGGCCCUCACAGUUUCUUCUGCAAUGCAGGCUGGGACUGUAUGGAUCAAUUGUUACAAUGCCUUAAAUGCCCAGAGCCCCUUUGGGGGGUUCAAGAUGUCUGGAAAUGGGAGAGAAAUAAACCUCUCCUUGCUGUUAUUUGCAAACGACAUUGCGGUCUGCAGCCUGGUGCCCUGACAGAAGCCAGCUUUCUGAGUCCUCCCAUGGAAUACCCUGCUCUUCUCCCGUAGCGCACCCAAGCGACCAUACCCACUGACCAACUAGUUACCUUUGGACUGCAAUAGAGAAUGUGAAAAUGAAGAUUUAUUUCUUUUAAUUUACUUAAGAAGAAACCUG